AUGUUGGUGGGAGGGGGCUUGGAAAAGCCCUGGAAGCCCCCACCCUUUCAGCCCCUUGUACCCAGAAAAGCCCCAGAAUCUGGAGUCAUCAAAUUCAGAAGAACAAAAACACCAACUCCUGAACGUGGGGCAAGAAUUACAAGAAGAACCAGAGCUGUUCGUGAGAAGGCUCCUUCCAGAGUUAAAGAAGAAGAGCCCUGUCCGAGUGGUAAGAAGUUCAGAAGCAAGCCUCAGUUGGCAAGGUACCUGGGAAAUAUUGUUGACCUUAGCAGUUUUGACUUUGGAACUGGAAAGAUGAGUCAAUUACAGAAAAAUAAACAGACACUAUGGAAUGAUCCUCUCAGUCAAAAUAAGGAUAAACCAGACUUGAAUACGACAUUGCCAAUUAGACAGACAACAUUGAUUUUCAAACAACCUGUAACUAAAGUCACGAACCAUCCUAGUAAUAAAGUAAAAUCAUAUCCUAAACGAAGGAAUGACAAACCACGGCAGCUUUUCUGGGAGAAGAGGCUACAAGGACUUAGCGCAUCAGAUGUAAAAGGACAAAUUAUAAAAUCUAUGGAACUUCCAAAAGGUCUUCAAGGGGUUGGCCCAGAUGAUAAUGACAAGACACUUUUAUUGGGUGUUGCCAGCGCUUUGCACACUAGCUCUGCACCAGUAAUAGGGCAAAUCUCUUUUGCUGUGGGAAAAAACCCUGCUGUUUGGCUUAAUACAUCUCAACCCCUUUGCAAAGCCUUUAUAGUUACAGAUGAAGAUAUUAGAAAACAGGAAGAACGAGUACAACAGGUGCGUAAGAAAUUGGAAGAGGCACUUAUGGCAGACAUCUUAUCACAAGCUGCUGAUACAGAAGAGAUGGAUAUUCAAAUGGACAAUGGAGAUGAAGCAUGAGAAUAUGAUCAGGUACUUUCCAUGGACUUUCCCCAAAAAGCAAAUUCCUAGAAGUUGAACAUAAAUGUUUCCACUGGGUUUUGCUUAUAAGAAGAACUGGACCCAUGCACUUAUACAGCUUUUUAAUAGCAUUAAUCAAUGCAUUUUUAGACAUAUUUUGAUAUAUAUGUCUAUUAUUCAAAAAUUGAUCUUUAUUUUGAGUCCUAGGACUUAUGGACAUGUGUAAAUUCUCAGGUUGAUUCAUGUUAUUUGUUACAUUACUACUAGCCUGUGUUGUAUUACUAUGUGCUUAUGUAUUUUAUGUGAUUGCAAGAAUCAUUGGAUUUCUUGGGAUGAAAAAUUGUUGAUGAGACUAUUGCAGUACUUAAAUUUUCAUGUUGAUUCAUGUUAUUUGUUACAUUACUACUAGCCUGUGUUAUAUUGCUAUGUGCUUAAAUAAAUUAUGUGUAAUG